GUGAGUGACAGUGUCUGAAGUUCCUGAAUUAUUUCAGCUUCUCAAAACUUUAAGGCUGAAGUAGUAUCACUCCAUUUUUUUUUUCGAACAACAUAUUUAUGUAUUCUGUGAUAGUUCGUAAUUAAAUUGUGAAAACGACGAUGGGGAAGAACGAAAACAUUUUGUAAUGUUUGCUUUCUUCUUUUUUGACUGUCAGUAAAGCACUUAAAUUUAGCUUGUCAAGCCACUUUCUACAAUGGAAAUAACAGAUAGCAAUUUGCAAGCCUUAGCAGGAUAUCUGCAACAGACACUGUCACCAGAGGCUCAGAUCCGCAAACAGGCUGAGCGAUUUUUGGAAUCUGUGGAGCGUAACCAAAACUAUGGCCUUUUGCUUCUGCAUUUGAUGGACAAGUCUGAUAUUGAGCUCCACAUUCGUGUUUCAGCUGCCAUUGUCUUCAAGAAUUUUAUCAAGCGUAAUUGGCGCAUUAUUGAUGGGGAGGGCAACAACAUUCAUGAUGCUGACCGAUUAGCAAUCAAACAGCACAUUGUAGGCCUCAUGCUGAAGAGUCAUGAACAGGUACAGAAGCAGCUCAGUGAUGCCAUCAGCAUUAUUGGAAGAGAAGACUUUCCUAAGAAGUGGGAAGGUCUCAUUCCAGAGAUGGUCAGCAACUUUCAGACAGGAGAUUUUCACAUCAUCAAUGGUGUUCUGCACACAGCUCACUCUAUUUUCAGAAGGUAUCGUCAUGAAUUCAAAUCUGAUGAAUUGUGGAAAGAAAUUAAGUUUGUUCUGGACAACUUUGCAGUAGCCUUUACAGAGCUUUUUAAGGCCACAAUGGGACUUGCAUCAACACAUGCUAAUGAUCCUGCCGCUCUCAAGGUCAUCUUCAGCUCAAUUUUGCUCAUCUGCAAGAUCUUUUAUAGUCUCAACUUUCAGGAUCUACCUGAACAUUUUGAGGACAACAUUAAGCCUUGGAUGGAUAAUUUCCUGCAGCUUCUGAGUGUUGACAAUAAACUCCUUAAGACAGAGGAUGAGGAAGAAGCUGGCCUGCUGGAGCAGGUGAAGUCUCAGGUCUGUGACAAUGUGGCGCUUUAUGCUCAGAAGUAUGAUGAGGAGUUUGGACCAUUCCUUCCAAAUUUUGUGACAGCAAUCUGGGGUUUGCUGGUCAGCACAGGACAAGAAGUCAAGUAUGACCUGCUUGUGAGCAAUGCAAUUCAGUUCUUGGCCUCGGUUGCUGAAAGACCAGGAUAUCGCUCACUUUUUGAAGACCCAGCAACUUUGGCAAACAUAUGUGAGAAAGUCAUUGUUCCCAACAUUCAGCUUCGACAAGCCGAUGAGGAACUGUUUGAUGACAAUCCAGAGGAAUAUAUCCGCAGAGACAUUGAAGGCUCUGAUGUUGACACACGUCGACGUGCAGCUUGUGACCUGGUGCAGGCCCUUUGUAAAUCGUUUGAAGGACCUGUUAUUCAGAACUUUUCAACUUAUGUCCAGGGUCUUCUUGAGGCUUACAGUAAGAACCCACAAAGCAACUGGAAGAGCAAAGACUCUGCGCUUUAUCUCAUCACAUCCCUGGCAUCCAAAGGCAUGACACAGAAGCAAGGAGUAACCCAAACCAGUGAACUGGUGAACAUAACAGAUUUUUAUAGGGGACAUGUCUUGCCUGACCUGCAGUCCAGCAAUGUUGAUGAGACACCAAUUCUGAAGGCAGAUGCUAUCAAGUAUCUUAUGGUGUUUCGAAGUCAGCUUCCAAGGGAGGAACUAGCUGGAAGCGUGCCUCACCUGAUCCGAUAUCUUGGUGCCUCCAGUCAUGUCGUGCAUACAUAUGCAGCUCACACUAUUGAGCGUCUCUUCAUGGUAAAGGUUUCAGGUGGUGCUGUGUUUACAAUGGACACUAUACAGCCAUAUGCAACCGACCUGAUGACAAAUCUAUUUGCAGCCAUGGAAAAGCCAGGCUCAACAGAAAAUGAAUAUAUUAUGAAAGCUGUAAUGCGGACAAUGUUGUUGCUACAGCACCAUAUACUUCCAAUGAUGACACAGCUUUUGCAAGGACUUACACACAAGCUGGUUCUUGUCAGUAAGAAUCCAAGCAAACCCCAUUUCAACCACUACCUGUUUGAGUGUCUCUCCAUUGCCAUCCGCACAUCAUGUAAACAUAAUCCUGAGGCUGUGGCCACAUUUGAGCAGGGUUUGUUUGGGCCAUUCACGGAUAUCUUACAGCAGGAUGUUCAGGAGUUCAUCCCAUAUGUUUUCCAAAUCUUGUCACUUCUGAUGGAGUAUCACAGAGGAGGAGUGCCAGACACCUACAUGGCACUAUUUCCCCAUCUUCUUACCCCGGUUCUGUGGGAACGCCCUGGUAACAUUCCUCCACUUACACGCCUUAUCCAAGCAUUUAUAGAGUUGGGCAGCAGCCAAAUACAAGCUGACAGGCUGAAUGGACUGCUGGGAAUCUUCCAGAAGCUGCUGGCAUCCAAAACCCAUGACCAUGAGGGAUUCUACAUCCUUAACUCAAUCAUUGAGUUCAUGCCACAGUCACUUGUGACAGAGUACACUAGACAAGUCUUUAUUCUUCUUUUCCAAAGGCUUCAGAGUUCGAAGACAACAAAGUAUGUGAAAAGUCUUCUCAUUUUCUUUUCCCUUUAUGCCAUCAAGUAUGGCGCAGCUGCUCUUAUUGACAUCAUUGAGGGAAUCCAGGCAAAGAUGUUUGGAAUGGUUGUUGACCGGCUGUUUGUACCAGACCUAGGAAAAGUGUCAGGUAACAUGGAGCGAAAAAUAUGUGCUGUUGGUGUUACCAAGAUUUUGACUGAGGCUCCCUCAAUGCUACAAGGAGACUAUGUGUCUCUUUGGCCUCGCCUCUUGCAAGCAUUAAUAGGACUGUUUGAACUGCCAGAGGAUGACUCCAUACCAGACGAUGAACACUUCAUAGAAAUUGAGGAUACCCCUGGAUACCAGACAGCUUACUCCCAGUUGGCAUUCGCCAGCAAGAAGGAGCGAGACCCUCUUGGCUGUGAAAUAUCAGACCCUAAACUGAAUCUUGCUAAACACCUAGGAAAGCUGGCCACUGGCCAUCCAGGCAAGAUUCCAACAUUAAUCAACACUGGUUUACAGCCUGAAGCCCAAAAUUACCUCUCACAGUACAUCCAGGCAGCUAAUGUCAGCAUUGUGUGAUUCAGUUCCAUGAUGCACUGACCCAGCAUGAUGGUGCAUGCUUACUGUUUUCAGCCUUGUGCCAAGGACAGUGAAACUGCAAAGGACCUAUACCCAUCCACAUGACAUGACAGUGGGACGAAGACUUUUCAGUAGGACAUUGUGAAACACAUUGUUUUUGAAGGAUUUAACACCAACAUGCCUCUGUCAUGAAGAUUGUGACAGAGAUAUAUUGAACUACAUUUGAUGUAGGAAUGCACUGCAUAGUCAAGGUACUGUUUAUUAGGUGACUAAAGUCAAUAUCAUGUUUACGUAAACAACUGUUCAGUGCAUUCUUUCCUGGUGGAUACACAAGCACAGGAUCAAAGAAUUGUGUCCAAACUACAAUGGUGCAUUACCAAGAAGACUAGUUUAUGAACAUUGAGAUGUUUCUAUGGGAACCAGCCAGCUCCAGCUGCAGUUUGUCUACACUGUGCUAACUCCUUAGAAGCAUGCAACACCAGUAGUGAUCCCCAUAACUUAUCUCGUGCUAUAUGCUGUUCCACCACAAGCCAGUUGCAUGUUUUAACUGUUAGUAAUAGUGCUUGAUUUAUUUGUUUUUUCUUGCUUCUUAAACUCCAAUAAGUGUUGAGUUUAUUUUUUUGGUGGGGGGGGGGGGGGGCAGGCUAAGGGUCUGAUGAUAUUGAAAUAUUCUUGUGGUGCUUGGAUAGGAAUCAUACUAUUAUGAAUAUUUCUUACAAUGGUUACCAGCACUAUUAACAGCUUUGUCAUGAGAAAAUACAGACUUGUUUUAGAGGUACUGCCAUUGUAUGCUUGUGGUCUAGACUUGGUAAAUUGUAAUUAAAAAUGUUUACAAAUGCAA